AUGGGUCAACCUGGGAUUCUGAGUUGGACAUGGGCGUUGUGCGCCUUUGUCAGCUGGGCGCAUGUGGGCCAAGCAGGACCUGGACCGCAAUAUCUAGUGGCAGUUCCUGCAGUUCUUGAGUCUGGAGCUGAGACCAAAUUCUGUGUCAGCGUUCUGGAGCUCACUGAGCCCGUGGUUGUGAAUGUCACCCUGAAAUCAACAGCGAAGAGCGCAACCCUAAUGUCACUGCACACGUGCAUUCAAGAUGUUCAUACCUGCAUUGCUUUUUUGGUUCCUGUUGUGACAAAUGAAGAGGUGAUGGAUUUUCAGGUGAAGGUUGAAGGAAGCGGGUUUCAGUCAGAAGAAGUCAGAAAAGUCCUGAUCAGAGCCUACAAACCGCAGACAUUCAUCCAAACAGAUAAACCCAUCUAUCUCCCCGGACAACAAGUGCGUUUCAGAGUUGUCACACUGGACUCCAAGCUGAGACCUGCUAGUACACUGUAUGACAUCAUCGAACUGGAGGAUCCGAGCGGGAACAGGAUUGGGCAGUGGCUCAAGACAAAUUCAGAUAACAAAAUACUGCAGCUUUCAUACUUCUUGAGUUCUGAGGCUCGUGAGGGAAUAUACAAAAUCACUGUGACCAUGGGUGAAUCCAAAGUAUAUUACACUUUCACGGUGGAGAAGUAUGUUUUGCCCAAAUUCGAUGUAACUAUAAAAGUGCCUGACGAAGUGAGUGUUGGAGAUCAGAGCUUUAAGGCUCAAAUAUGUUCAAAGUAUACAUUUAAGCAGCCGGUGCCAGGAAGGGUCACUGUAGGUGUGUGCCGACCUACUCUGGGACAUUUUCACGGUUCAGAGUGGAUCAGAGUUGCAGAGCACAUUGAUGAGAGUAAUUCACAUGAUGACACAAAUCCUGUGUGUCACUCAGAGACGAAGCAGGCAGAUAAGGAAGGCUGUACCACUUUUACCGUCAACAUGUCAAACUUCAACAAAGUUGAUUCAACAGCACUGAACGAUAUCCUGGACAUCACCGUUAAAAUGGAAGAGGAGGGCACAGGUGUUUUGAUAUCACAAAAGCAAAGCAUAACGAUUUCAUAUGUCCUUGGAAGAGUGUCUUUUGUUGAUACUCCCGACAUUUAUGAACCAGGAACAAAUGUGCAAGGAAAAGUCAAAGCUGUUUAUCAUAAUGGUGAACCCAUUCCUGACCGCAUCGUUUACCUCUUUGAGGGAGACAUUUCCCUGAGCUCAAUACAAAAUGUAAAAACUGACGAGAAAGGUGUUGCCGUGUUCUCACUUAGCACAAACGAAUUAAAAGGGGACGUCCAACUCCAUGCAAGCCUGGCGCCGACUCUGGAUUACGCUGGAUAUAGAACUGCUUUCUUUGAGGUUGGAACUCACACUUUGUCCAUGGUCAAACCGUCUUCUCCUGAUGAUAAAACAGUUAGCUUCCUGGAGAUAAAGACGAAGGACAAACCUCUUCCGUGUGAGACAGAAGAAGCCAUAUCUAUCUGGUACACGAUCGUGGGAGAGGCCCCAGGCUCUGUGGAUCUGAUGUAUCUGGUCUUGUCCAGAGGAGUUAUUUCCGUUCACGGACAUCAAGAGCUUAAAGUUACAUCUCAAACAGUGAAUGAGGGCGAGGUGUCCUUGAAGUUGACUGUAUCUCCUGAGAUGACACCAGACAUCCAGAUUGUGGCUUAUGCUGUCCUCCCCAGUGAGAAUGUGAUCGCUCACAGUGCUGAAUUCUCCACUGAGAAGUGCUUCACUAACAAGGUGUCGGUACAUUUUGUACCACCUUCAGCUGUCCCAGGAGAUGAGACCAACUUCCAGGUGACGGCCCUGCCGCACUCUCUGUGUGGUGUGAGUGCCAUCGACCAGAGUAUCCUCAUCAAGGAGCCAGGGAAGACUCUGAAUGCUGAAAAGAUUUAUGACUUGCUUCCUGUCAGGAAAGCAACCUAUGUCCCAUAUGAGGUUCAAGAUCCUAUAGAGUGCAUGGAAGUGAGACCAAAAAGAUCAAUUCUGCCGUUUCCUGAGAGUGGCAGAAAUGAUGCCCACACUGUUUUCCAGAGUGUAGGACUGAAGAUGGCAACCAACUUGGUUAUUCAGUUGCCUUCAUGCCUCAAGUACAAAGGAAGAGAAUACUAUCGAGGUGACUUUGAAGAAAUACCAGAUGCAGCUGCCUCUGGUGCUCCGGCACUUCCUCCUGACAUUUCACCCAUAAAAACAGUCCGUACUUUCUUCCCAGAGACUUGGAUAUGGGAUCUGGUAGACGUUAGAGAAUCGGGCACAGAGGAAAUGACCCUCACCGUCCCAGACACCAUCACCACCUGGGAGACGGAGGCUUUCUGCUUGUCUGCUGAGGGUUUUGGUUUGGCUCCUCGUGAAGAUUUGAAAGUCUUCCAGCCCUUCUUCCUCGAGCUCACCAUGCCCUACUCUAUCAUCCGGGGGGAGUUCUUUGAACUGAAGGCAACUGUCUUCAGCUACCUGACCAGCUGCAUGAUGAUCACUGUAACACCAGCAUCUUCCUCACUUUACACCCUCACCUCCCUGUUUGGUGACCAAACCACAUCUUGUUUGUGUGCCAGCAAGCGCAAGACCUUCAGCUGGAGCUUGACCCCAUCGGCCUUAGGGGUUGUGGAAGUGACUGUGUCUGCUGAGGCAGUGGCUUCAGUGGAUUUAUGUGGUUCUGGGGCUGUAACUGUUCCAGACAGAGGUCGCAUCGACGUGGUGACAAAACCCCUCAUAGUGAAGGUUGAGGGAGUUGAGGUGACAAAGACCUUCAACUUGCUACUACUCCCAGAAGGAAAAACUGUGAGGGAAGAAGUUCUGGUUGAACUUCCGUACAAUGUGAUUGAAGAUUCUGCCCAUGCUUUUAUAUCAGUCCUGGGUGACAUUCUCGGUCGGGCUCUGAAGAACCUCGACAGUCUGCUACAGCUGCCAAGUGGAUGUGGAGAGCAGAACAUGGCUCUCCUCGCCCCCAACAUCUUCAUCCUCGAGUACCUGAAAGACACACAGCAGCUCACCUCAACCAUCGAGGAAAAGGCUACCAGUUAUCUAAUCACUGGCUACCAAAAUCAGCUGACAUACAAGCAUACUGAUGGUUCUUACAGUGCAUUUGGAACAGGGGAGGGAAGCACUUGGCUGACUGCUUUUGUGGUGAAAUGUUUUGCACGAGCUGAGAAAUUCAUUCACAUCGAUCCCAGAAACAUUGAAGAGUCUAACACAUGGCUGGAAAAUCAACAACGAGAAAAUGGCUGUUUUAAAAUGUCAGGGAGACUCAUUCACAUUGGCAUGAAGGGUGGCGUGUCGGACGAAGUCACUCUCACUGCGUACAUCACUGCGACGUUUCUGGAGAAUAAGAAAUAUGCAAAAAACUCUGUGGUGAAGAAGAGCCUGGCUUGCCUCAAAGACUCCAUGAAUGACCUCAGCAACACCUACACUACAGCUCUGCUGGCGUACGUCUUCACCCUGGCAGGAGACGUGGAGACCCGCGCUCACCUUCUAGAGUACCUCGACAAGGUUGCAGAAAAGCAAGGCAGUUUCAUCUACUGGACUCAGAAAUCAACAGAAACGUCCACCUCCCUGUCAGUGGAGAUCAGCUCCUACGUGCUGUUGGCCCAAAUCAGUGCUUCCCCGACCAGUGAAGAACUGGCUUAUGCCUUCAGCAUCAUGAGGUGGCUGACUGAGCAGCAGAACUAUUAUGGAGGCUUCUCCUCAACACAGGACACAGUGGUGGCUCUUCAGGCUCUGGCAUUCUACUCCACUGAGGUGUUCGAAAAAGGAGGCUCAAGCAAAGUGGCAGUUGCUACUCCUGGUGGCCAGGUUACGUUCCACGUCAACCGAAACAACAGACUGCUCUACCAGGAGGAGAUAAUAGUGGAGAACAUAGCAGGGAAGUACAUCGUGGAGAUGAAAGGCAGCACAAGUGUUUCUGUGCAGAUUGCUGUUCGGUACAACAUCCCAAAUCCUUAUGGUUCCUCAACUCUGAGCGUGGAGGUUAACGUGCAGUAUAACCACAACAGUCAGUCUUCCCGACCCAAACUCACUCUGCUGAUAAAGUCCCAAUACACUGGAACGCAGAGCACUACAAACAUGGUGAUCCUGGAUAUCAAAUUGCUCUCUGGACACGUCCCAGACCCGGAGUCUUAUGACAAGCUCAAAGGUGCCCAGCUGGUGGAUCGUGUUGAACAAAGGGAAGAUCAUGUUGUGGUGUACUUACGAGAGUUAGUGAAGGACACACCUGUAGAACACAGCUUGGACCUCAUAGAGGAGUUCCCAGUGGACAACCUGAAGCCUGCUGUGGUCCUGCUCUAUGACUACUAUGAGCCAAGUACCCGGGCUGAAGAUGAAUACCUCUAUCCACACUGAGAAGGUCAGCUGUCUGAGAGGGAAUUCCUCUACCCGUGAGCUUGAAAAGAGAAAACCCUGACGUCAUCAUCAAUUUCAGAAUAAUUUCACAUCCUUUCGCUUUU